CAUGUUGUAUUUAGCUUUCACGCAAUAAUCCGAAGGUAUUGUUUGUCUCUUGGCUUCCAAUUGACGGAGGACCAAUAAGGGUAGCAGUAGUUUUACCAGGGACAUUGUUUUGUUUGAAUUUAGACAUUUUACUGACACCUGUUAAAAAAUUAUUUCUAGAUUAGUAAAUUAUGUCUUACCGGUUUUUAUUUUUCUCCGUGGUCCUACUCGUGGUCCAUGGUCGUGAUUGGGAUAAAAUUGACCAUAAAAAAUAUUGCAUCGAAGGUCAUCUAGACAAUACCCCAUGUGUUACAGAAUGUAAGAUUGGACCAAAUUGCUCAGACCUUAUUUCGGGGUAUGUAGAACUCAGUAUGCACGAGAAGCAAUUCCUCCUGAACCUCCACAAUAAACUCCGUGAGGAGAUAGCUCGUGGGGAUUACCUCGAAUGGAACUUCCCACCUGCUACCAACAUCUACGCCCUGAACUAUGACGAUGAAUGUGAGUACAUGACCGCAUGUUGGAUCCGCCAGUGUAAUUUCUGGCAUGAUGUCCACUAUAAAGUUGAUGGGAGCAAAUUUGGGCAGAACCUGCACAACAGGUGGACCACAGGUCAACUUGGGGUCAUUGAUAAUUCCUGGUUGGAGCGUGGGAUCAUGAAUUGGUUCAAUGAAUACAAACUGCUCAAAGGGCAUCCUGAUAUACAUAAAAGUUUUUAUCCAGUGACCAAAACAGGGCAUUUCACUGCAUUGAUCUGGCAUGAGACCCAAUUCAUGGGUUGUGCGAAGCUUACCUUCCGAAGAGAUGGUAGGGAAUGGUUUUAUUUGUAUUGCAAUUAUUAUCCGAAUGGCAACUGGUUGGAUUCUCCCAUUUACAAGACAAGUCCAUUUAAUUGUCAGAGAAGCAAAAAAUACCCCCACCUCUGCGGGGAGGUUAAGGACCUUAUUGCUGAGACCGGGGAUCUCCAGCUUCAUGAGGAUGGAGAUUAUCAUGACCCAGAUGCUGAAAAUGGAAGUUCUCAUAAAAUUCCCUACGAAAUUUUUGUUUUUUUGAAUUUUUUGAUAGUUUUUUGGUAAUUUAUUGCAUCCCCCUGUAUAAUUUAAAUUCAAAACGCAAGUAAAUUUCAAUAUAAUUUAUUAUUUUAUUAAUA